AUGAAUCCGUCUAAUAAAAUGUGUGUUCAGCUUUUUGUUACGUCUCCUCUCUCGCUCUUUUCUUCUUCUUUGCCUUAAAUUCGCGAGCAAGAGUAUCGAUCGAUCAGGAAGAAGAAUUAGAGGCAUUGAAUCAAUCAUUCAAUCGACGCAACUACUCUCUCCCUCGGCUUCUACUUAAUCGCUCAGAUCCGGCGAAGAGUGAUAUCAGAAAUGGCGUCAACGUUUAGCGGCGACGAGACUGCUCCUUUCUUCGGCUUCCUCGGAGCCGCAUCCGCCCUCGUCUUCUCCUGCAUGGGAGCUGCCUAUGGGACGGCGAAGAGCGGGGUCGGAGUGGCGUCGAUGGGGGUGAUGAGGCCCGAGCUGGUGAUGAAAUCCAUUGUUCCGGUGGUUAUGGCUGGUGUGUUGGGUAUCUACGGUUUGAUUAUUGCUGUGAUAAUCAGUACCGGGAUUAACCCUAAGGCCAAAUCGUACUACUUGUUCGAUGGAUACGCUCAUCUUUCUUCCGGGCUCGCCUGCGGUCUCGCUGGUCUCUCUGCUGGUAUGGCUAUCGGGAUCGUUGGGGAUGCUGGUGUUAGGGCCAAUGCACAGCAGCCAAAGCUUUUCGUGGGGAUGAUUCUGAUUCUCAUCUUCGCUGAGGCGCUUGCUCUCUACGGCCUUAUUGUUGGUAUCAUCCUUUCUUCCCGCGCUGGACAGUCCAGAGCCGAGUGAAGAAGAAAUGAAAGACGAGGAUGUUCCAAUUGUCUGGUUGAUUGUGUGUUGUCAUUUAUUGGGGAAAAAUCGAUUUCGGGUUCUGUUAGACUUCGUUUUGAGGCUCUUUUUUGUUUAGCUCUAUGGUUGGGUACUUUGGGGUGUACUACUGCCAGAUAGACGAGUAUUAUUUCUAUCACGGGUAAAAUUGUACUACUUAGAUUACAUGUUGCUGCCGCUGCAGCCAUAGCAAGUUUAUUGUCUUCGUGUUGCUAUCUUAAACUGGUUUUUGACCCGCACGAUGUGAUUAUAUCUCUUGUUUCUCGGAUUCAACAUGCUUAGAUUUAUAAAUGUCUGUUGGAGUUGACUAGUGCAACUUCUAUGUACGUUUGCUCCAGUUUGAGUGCUUAGUGGAGAAAAGGUUAAGGGAAAGUAGAGAGUUGGAUUAAG